AUGGCAACGACGAUAGAACCUGAAGGAGGAGAAGAAAACUCGUGGGAAGAAGUGUUAAGGAAGAUGUUACCAGCAGGAGCACCAUUGCCGGACGAAGAUCAUCUCGAUUACUCAAUCGCAAUCGAAUACGAAGGUCCUCCCGUUGCUUUCGAAAUUCCUCGCAUCGAUCCGUUAAAUCUCAAUUCACUCUCAAUUCGGACUUCCUCUCUCGCUUCUACCGAAGAAUCAAGAUCAAGGUCAAGCAUUCCAGUUGCUUCUCCAGUUUCAAGAUUCACCAGAUUUAGCAACCAUAACGGAAACGCUAGAAGAUUUUAUCCAGCAAGAGUGGAAGUAGAGGAAGGAAAUUCUGAAAAAGAAGAGGAGGGAAUUAGUGGAAGAAAUGAAGGAAGGCGAGGGAGUGUUGUUACGUUUAAUACGCCGAAAGAUUCGGAGACUGAGGAAGGAGAAGACGACGAAGAUGGCUAUUCCUCCACUCAAUCCAGCGCGGCUGCCGCUGACAUGACAACGACAAGGAAGGAAGAGAAAAAAGGAGUGAAGAGGAAGGGCGGAGUUUGUAGUAGGUGUGGUAAGAAGAAUAGAUUGAAGGAGAGGGAAUCUUGUUUGGCUUGUGAGAAGAGGUAUUGCAGUAAUUGUUUGUUAAAAGCGAUGGGAUCAAUGCCAGAAGGGAGGAAAUGUGUCAGUUGUAUUGGGAAACCAAUAGAGGAAUCGAAGAGGUCGAGUUUAGGGAAGUGUUCGAGGAUUUUGGCGAGAGUUUGUAGUCCUUUGGAGGUCAGGCAGAUAAUGAAGGCGGAGAAGGAGUGUGCUGCUAAUCAGCUGAGGCCAGAGCAGUUGAUUGUGAAUGGGAGGCAGUUGAGACAAGAUGAAUUGGCUGAGGUUUUGGGGUGUGCGUUGCCGCCGCAGAAGUUAAAGCCUGGGAAGUAUUGGUAUGAUAAGGAUUCGGGAUUUUGGGGGAAGGAGGGAGAGAAACCGGAUAGGAUAAUUAGUUCCAAAUUGAAUGUUGGUGGCAAGCUUCGGCUGGAUGCUAGUAAUGGAAAUACGAAGGUUUAUAUUAAUGGCCGUGAAAUUACCAAGAUUGAGCUCAAAGUGUUGAAGUUGCGCUUGCACAUAGCUUUAAGUGAUUUGCAGUUUUAUGAUAGGUUUGCCUAUGCUUCAUUGGCUGCGCCCUUUGUUUGUGAUAGUUUGGUUGAGCUCGCAAGUGUACAGUGCCCCAGGGAUACUCAUUUCUGGGUAUAUGAUGAUGGAUCUUAUGAGGAAGAAGGCCAAAAUAACAUAAAGGGAAACAUAUGGGGAAAGGCAUCUACUCGUUUCAUCUGUUCGUUGUUUUCAUUGCCCGUACCACCUGAAAAUCCUAAGGGGCCAAAAGAAGAUCCAACUACCUUUUCAGGAAGGUCUGUGCCUGAGUAUUUGGAACAAGGAAGAAUCCAAAAACUUCUGUUAUUUGGGUUGGAGGGAUCUGGAACAAGUACCAUUUUCAAGCAGGGCAAGUUUUUGUAUGGGAAUAAGUUCUCUCCUGAAGAGUUGCAGGACAUCAAACUCAUGAUUCAAAGCAAUAUGUACAGAUAUCUUAGCAUAUUGCUUGAAGGGCGAGAGAGGUUUGAAGAGGAGGCUUUGGCGGAGAAAAUUGCUGCUACAAUCAAUUCUGAAGAAUGUACUUCAGUUUCUAAUGACAUGGAGAAUGCCAAGCAAAGUGCUGUUACUAAGUCUAGAUAUGAUAGUUACCUUAAUUCUUCAUAUCGGUUACUAGAGUUACUGUUUGAGGCCCUCAGUUUCCAUGAGCUGUGUGAGAGAGAAGCUGAAUCAAGUGAGAACUGCAUCUAUUCGAUUAACCAAAGGUUCAAGCAUUUUUCUGACUGGUUACUGGAUAUCAUGGCUACUGGAGACUUGGAUGCAUUUUUUCCUGCUGCGACACGUGAGUAUGCUCCUAUUGUGGAUGAGGUCUGGAAGGACCCUGCCAUUCAGGAAACGUACAAGAGAAGGGAGGAAUUGCAUCAUCUUCCUGAUGUUGCCAAUUAUUUCUUAGAUCGGGCCAUUGAGAUAUCGAGCAAUGAGUAUGAACCUUCAGAGAAGGACGUUUUAUAUGCUGAAGGAGUCACACAGAAUAACAGUCUUGCCUCUAUGGAAUUCUCAUUUGAUGAUAGAAGCCCCAUGUCUGAGAUAUACAAUGAAAACUUUGACUGUCCACCUCCCUUGACGAAGUAA